CACCAACCCCGCUCACCCAGCACAUCCUCACGAUACACGGACAACGCGGUUGAACGUCAUCAUUGAUGACCGUGUCCCCGGGGUUUGAGCGUGCCGUUGCUGCCCAAACUGCUUCUGUGCCAGUCGGGGCUCCGAGACUGGACACGGCAAGACACCGAAUACUGACGCGCUGCCGCCUCGCCAAAUUUGCCCCUCGGCGCCCAUAGAAAAACAACGGCAUCGCGCCAAACGUUCUCAGCCCCAGAUCGCGAGGCCCCCAAGCGGGCCACCUCGUACCACGCUCCUACGGCGAACAAUACCUUGUUUUGAGAGCACCACGUCGCUUCUCUGCCGGCACCGAUGGACCUAGUAUCCCCAACCAGCAACAAAGGCUACGGCAGUUGCCCGUCGGCCGAGGCCUUGCUUCUCGAGGCCGUCCGCGGGUCAGGACUCCAGCUGUCCCGUGACGACCUGAGGCGUGCACUUGACAAUAAAGACCACGGGCCAGAGCUGGCAGAAUGGGCUGUGACGCACCUAGGCUCCGAUACUCUUUUGAGUGCUGAUGAGCUUUCUCUGUAUAUGACACUCGAUAGGAGCGGGCAAGUUGAUAGGCUGGCUGCCAUGUACGACCUGGCCGAGGUCCAGGCCGUCAAUGAGGCAGAGCUGCGGGCGGCCAUUGACGAGUUGCAAAGAUCAACGAGCACCAUCAGCAAGCAAACCCAGACACUGCGGCAGCAACAGGAAGCCCUCUCACGGCUACUUAAGAAACAGGCUGAAAAUGAAGCCAAGAGACGUGAUUUGGCGUAUGCCAGGACGCGCAAAGCUGCCACUGAACGUAGGCGGCUUGCCAAUGAGAUAGAACAGUUGUCUCAGACCCUGUUGUACAGGGUCACAGAUUUGGAACAGCAGGCCGCAGAUACGAUGCCAGAUCUCCAGGCUGCUGUUAGCGAUGCCUUCAAAACGGAUGACAAGCUGCUGUCCAGCCUGCAGAAGCUCGGCUGGGAGCUCGACAAGCCAGAUCCUGAUGAGGCAAAAACAAUUGAAGAGAUGCGGGAGGGCUGUAUGCGGCUGAUCAAGGUCACGGUAGAGACGGUUCGCACAAAGCUGGAUGCGAUAUACCUAGACACGCUCGCAGAUGCCGAGCGCUCGGGAAAGACGAAGCCGGCAAGUCCGAACGAGGUGACGGUUCUUCAGGAGGAGGUUGAAUCACUCUACUCGGAAAUUCUCUCGGUCGCUCAAAUGUCUGUUGAGCAACAGCAUCUCGAGCCUGCGUUGGUAUCCAUCACUGCGCAAAGCGGUCAGAGCCUCAGCCGCACUGCCGCUGCCGUUGCCUACAUGGACGAGUGCUUGGAUCACUUGUUAGACAGAGUCGACCGUCUUCACUCUCGUGUCACUGCUCGCAAAUCAGACCAAGCGGCUACGGCGGCUGUUACUUCGACUAUCCGUGCCGAAUCCGCGACUCAGGAAUUCGAAAGCCCGUCGCAACAAGUGACGCGUGCGCCAGCGUCUCCAAAGCGCCAGCCAUCGCCGAUCCGCAUCCGCGCAGACGCUGCCGGGCCUCAUGGGCAGCGGCGAUCGUCGGCAGUCCUGGACGAAGCUCCACUUGAGACACUCUGCACUAAACUUGCCAUUUCAUUAGAUAUUAAUGAUGGAACAAACGAACGCAUCGCAUCACUGGCCAAGUUGUUCGCCGAUCGCUCACAGAAGGGUUCGGAAGUUGCACGCGGAGCGCAGGAAAGCUUCGAAGCUACCGCGAAGUCUCAGCUCCACGAUGCGCGCUUGGCGGUGCAGCUGCUCAGAGACAGCAUUCUUGCCGAAAGCCCAUUUGGACAGGUUACGCUUGUGGACCCAGGGAUUGACGAGUCCAUCGCCAUCUUGCAACAGGAGGUCUCCAAGGCUCAGGAACGGUUGAGCGAUGUUGAGGGUCAGAUUCUACAGUCUCGAGGAAGCACGAAGCGAGAAGAAUUGAUCCAGCGAUGGGGCCGAUAAUGCCCUGUUUUGACAACAAGUUGAUAAGACCUCGCGUGCUAGUGGGGAUGGGGGGCAUUGUUGAGAUUCUAUCGGCACGCUCUCCUCGUGCGUGGUGAACGUGGCCACUAUCUAGUAUCGAAUUGAUAUGAGUUGAGUAG